CCAUCUUCCAGGGUCUACUGAGGCCUGGGGGCCGCACCGCUGCCCAACUUCCGGGGGCCGCAGCGGCGCCCCCUGGUGGUGCUCUGGCCCAGCCGUGGUCCCUCGGAGCUGCGGAACUCGAGCUCCCCAGAGGUUCCAAGCAGUUGGGAGUUGCAUGCCUCCAGCUCGGGCUCCGGGAGGCCCCGCCUGAGCCACCUGCCCUCCCGGAGCCAUGAGGAAAUUUAUAAAAAAGAAAAGCAAAAAUGAAAAACAAGUCAAGAUCCAGGGCAAGAAAACCUUCCCAAAGGUGCGUUUCAAGAGCAAGGUAUCCAUUCACAACCUGAGCAGCACUCGGGAGACCAAACUGACUGUGGGCAGCAUGGGACUGGGACUCAUCAUCAUCCAGCACGGGCCCUACCUCCAGAUCAGCCACCUCAUCAGGAGGGGGGCGGCAGCCAGGGAUGGAACACUCAAGCCAGGUGAUGUUCUGAUUAGUGUUGGCUAUGCCAAUGUGUUAGGAUACACUCUUCGAGAAUUUUUAAAGCUUUUGCAACAUAUCAGCAUAGGAACAGUGGUACAAAUCAGGGUUUAUCGAGACUUUAUUGACAUACCCAAUGAAUGGCAAGAAAUAUAUGACUUAAUCCCUGAGACCAAAUUCCCAGUAACGCACUCAAUGAAGACGAGUGAGGAGACAAAAGAUGAUUCUUUCUCAAGCAGCGAUGAUGAUGGGGACGAAGUUUUAGAUACAAGAUUUAAAUAUCACAGAUACUCACCAUUAUCUGAGCAGCGGCCUGCAAGACCAAUGUAUAUUGCCAGAGAAUGGCAUGGAUAUAAAAAGAAGCAGCAAACUGUUAGUGUUGGGAAGCACCUUAACUGUGAUGUGAUGAUCCAUGGAGAUAUAAAGAAAGAACUGAGAUCCCCUUCUCCAUACUGGGCAAUGUCGAAACAAGACAGGGAAAGCUCUUCCUCCUCAGGCUCUGAGGCCUCAGAUGUAUUCUGGCUGGAAGACGAAGCCCAAGUUGUUAAUCACAAGGGUCCAACUGUAUCCCAAGUUGACUAGGGAAUGAAUGGUCUGCAUAUCUGUGGUCACAGGGCAUCUGUGUUGCCGUAUACAGGCUGGCUAUACUUAACGUAUAGACUUAGCAGUUCUCUUUCUCAAUUGCACUGUAAAGCCUUGGGAGACCUUCAAUGGAUAUCCUACCCAAAGACUUCCCUGAGGUCCCAUAGGCCCUACAAACCUUACUUUCAAAGUAGCAACAUUAUUCAGAUUACAUAAGGACCCUGCUUUCUGAGAAGAAUGCCUCAUCUUUUAGAAAACACAACCAAAGAACCCAGUAUCAGAUGUGCGAACAUGGUUGAGACCAUCACGUUUGUCAGGUAUUUGUCUCAUUGAAGUAGGGUAUGGUGGAGAAGGAAGGUGGAAAAGAACGCUAUAGGUCUUAUAAGUUUCAGAAGGAAGAACUAAGAACCUUACAAGAAAAUAUCAACUGCAUCAAGAUGGCAGAAAUCAAACACAUCUUGACAUUAAAAACUCAAAGUCCAUUUUCUACAUGGGGCUGUACCUUGUAAGAACUGUGCUACAUUUAAUAUAUUUUCUUAAAUAA